AUGGAUCUUGCAAGCGCCUUGGUUCGGAGCGUUGUCCGCGCCUUUUACGAAACUCGACAGAUUCUAGUGGUCGAUGCGCUGUUUAUACACUCGGUACUUCAUGCCGAGGACCUUGCUCAUUUACUUGGCAUGCAGCAGAAGGAUUUGCGGAAGCUCUGCUCCAGACUGCGGGAAGACCGCCUCAUCGCAGUUCAUACGCGAAGUGAAAUUCGCGAAGGCUCUACUCGACCGGUGAACCGCGAAUACUACUAUAUUCCGUUACAUCCAGUCAUUGACGCUAUUAAGUACCGGGUUCUUCGCCUAACUUCCAGUGUCAAGGCUCAGUACACUCCAAGCGAGGAUCGAAAAGAAUACAUAUGCCUACGGUGCGGAGCAGAGUGGACCGAACUCGAUGUUUUGAGUCUUUACAGUGAUGAGGGUUUCGAAUGUCAGUCAUGUGGUGCCAUUUUGGAGCGCACCGAGGACGUGAAGGGUGGUGAAGGUCUCGACCGCACUGGACACGAGAAAAACAGUAAACUGAUGGCUCAACUGGAUGCCUUUACAAGUCUGCUAAAACAGAUUGAUGGGACGGAAAUCCCGAUGAAUGACUUUGAGACUGCAUGGGAUCAUAAAAUUGACGUCGUUCGCAACCAGCAGACACAUCCUUCGAAGCCCGCUAUUGCAGUUGCUGCCAAGCAGCCAGCAGCAGUCCGUGGCAAUACAAGAACUGAUGCAGCCGCGAUUGAAAUUUCGCUGCAAUCGUCAGCAGAGAAAAGUGCGGCUGAGCAAGCGGCAGAAGCAGCACGUAAAGCAGCCCUUGAGAAACAAAACGCCCUUCCCGUUUGGCAUACACAUUCUACAGUUUCCACGAGUGCUGGGAACAUCGGCCAGAUCAAAGCGGAAAUAGAUGCGGACGUGAAAGCGGAGAUCAAAGAGGAGGAAGAGCAGAAGCCUGCCAUGGACGCACUCGACGACAUCGCAGCAUAUUAUGCAGAGAUUGCAAAGGCCAAGGCUGAAGAGGCCACCUCUGCAGAGGAAGAUUCAGAGGAUGACGAAGAGUUUGAAGAUGUUGGAGAACUCUCAGUCAUGGGCAGUACUGUGGGCACACCGGCCGCAACAAGCCAGGCUCCAACUAGUGCUCCAGCUCUGGGACGCUCUCCAAUCGUCGGGAUAAAACGAGAACUUGACUCGGAGUCUGGUAGCAGUGCACCUCAAACAGUAGCCGGUACCCCUGCAACACCGGUGGAUGACGGCCCAGUGGCCAAGAAAGUCAAGACCGAGGAAAUAGUUAAGAAAGAGGAAGAGUCUGAUGAGGACGACGAGGAAGAGUUUGAAGAUGUUUGA